GUAAAAUUUAUAUCACGAGAAGAGAUAAAUCUAAUUAAGAAAACAGAAGUCUUGGAUACACCAUGAUUCACAAUCAGACCAAGCUGUAACCAUUCGAAUCGAGCUGGCUAAAUGCGCCUAUCUGGAAGCAAAGGCCAAGAACUUUGAGUGAAGUGAAGUGAGAUAUGAGGUUAAGUUCAUGUGUUCUUAGUUUUUGUGUUGUGAAUUAUGAUAUAGUGGUAAAGGAGAUAUACAAAUCUGUAUUUUUUUAAUUUUACUUGUAAGAGUUAGUCAUAGCCACGUCUAUGUCAAAAUGAUGAAUUCAAGUCGAGAUCGAGAACCUAAUCACCAUUCUGCAUCUGGAAGUCAUCCUCAUUCUUCUAUGAUGAAUAUGCGAGAGAAAGAAAAGUACAUAGAAAAUUUCGCUUUUCCUUAUUGUGAUUUAACAGAGAAAUAUGAAAAAGUGGCCAAAAUUGGACAAGGAACUUUUGGAGAAGUUUUCAAGGCAAGAGAUAAGAGUAACCCCAAAAAAUUUGUGGCUAUGAAAAAAGUUUUAAUGGACAAUGAGAAAGAGGGAUUUCCGAUUACAGCUCUUAGAGAAAUACGAAUACUGCAGUUAUUGAAACACGAAAAUGUAGUAAACUUGAUCGAAAUUUGCAGAACAAAGGCUUCCCAACAUAAUAGAUAUCGUUCAACGUUUUAUCUGGUUUUCGAUUUUUGUGAGCACGAUCUAGCAGGUUUGUUAUCCAAUGUUAACGUUAAAUUCAGUUUGGGUGAGAUCAAGAAAGUUAUGCAGCAACUUCUCAAUGGACUUUACUACAUUCAUAAUAACAAAAUUUUGCAUAGAGAUAUGAAGGCUGCAAAUGUAUUGAUAACCAAGAAUGGAGUUUUAAAACUUGCUGACUUUGGGCUAGCAAGAGCAUUCAGUACCAGCAAAAAUGGAGUACCAAAUCGGUUCACAAAUCGGGUUGUUACUUUAUGGUAUCGACCGCCAGAACUUCUUCUUGGAGAACGAAAUUAUGGUCCACCAGUUGAUUUGUGGGGUGCCGGAUGUAUCAUGGCUGAAAUGUGGACACGUUCCCCAAUAAUGCAAGGAAAUAGUGAGCAGCAGCAGCUUACUCUGAUAUCUCAACUUUGUGGUUCAAUAACUCCACAAGUAUGGCCUGGAGUGGAAAAUCUGGAGCUGUUUAAGAAAAUGGAGUUGCCUCAGAAGCAAAAGAGGAAAGUGAAAGAACGUCUUACCCCAUACUUGAAGGAUCCAUAUGCCUGUGAUCUACUUGAUAGGCUCUUAGUACUCGAUCCUUCCAAACGUGAUAACGCAGACACGGCCCUCAACCACGAUUUCUUUUGGACUGAUCCCAUGCCCUGCGAUCUAGGUAAAAUGUUGGCCAACCACACGCAGAGUAUGUUUGAAUUUUUAGCCCCUGCGAGGCGUGCAACGCAAAUGAGGCACCAUUCGAUACCUAGGCCAUCUACAUCUACUAUUCAAGACAGUGGAUAUCAGGAUAGAGUUUUCUAGUGGAAAGUUGGUGUUAUGCUAUGUGACGUUGUAGGAUUGUAAUGGAAUAGACUGAACUGGUGCAUUGUUCAGAGACUGAAAUAUCAAAGUGAUACGUAACAGGUCAGCCAAAAUGUAAUCCUGCUUAGCUGUAUUCCAUUAUCAAACAUCCUAUUGAAUGAAUGUGAAAAUAGAACCAGUAUGAGCAAAGCAGUAGUGCAAUUUUUUACUUGAAAUUGAUAUGGCGAAAAUUUGAAACACAUGACAUUCAAUACUUAUCAGAGGUAAUGUUUUUGUUACUGUCAGUGUUUUAAGGUAGAAAAAUCCAUACAUAGUUUUUUUUAAAGGUUAAUAAACAAAGUAUUUUGCCUGCUACUUGUGAAACUAUCAACUAUACCUAAAAUUAUUGAAAAAUGGUAAUAACAUUAUUCACGGUUGUAUCAAUAAAUAUCGUGAUACCGACUCUAGUAAGCAUAUUACCAACUGUUACAAAUUGGAACAAUAUCUAUAGGGGUAUGGUUCGAAAGUAAUCAAAUGCUAACCAAAAGUAAACAGAAAUUUUGACAGCCAUUAUCUGAAAUGAAUGAAAUUUUAUUCUUUUCGUAUGUUUUUCAAUGUAUGAUGUAGAAUUGUGUUAUUGAAAGAGGACUGAUAGCUUUGAACCCGAAAAUAAUAAACUUUGUCAUUAAAGUUGACGUCUGAAGCAGUGUUAGAAUAUUUCAGUCACUCCACUCUUUAUCCUACAUUUGAUUAAGUUACUCUCAUUAUAUUCAAUAUAAUAGUAUUGACAUUUGGCGACCGUACAAUAUAUACCAUUCACUUGGUUGACAUUUGCUUCACAGAUUUUCAGAAAACCAUUUUCCAAAUGUCAUCAAUUUUUUUUUGAAUAUGACAGCAGCGGUUAGUUUUUGAAACACGAAACAUUCACUAAGAAUGUAGACCAAAUUUAAUCAAAUGCUAACCUAUACUGAUCGGAAGUUUUGACAGUGGUUUCCGGAAAAACCAUUAAAGGUUGGUUAUCUUCGGAACACAAGUAUUUAUUUAUAGGUUAUUUGUUAUAUUUGUACAAUGCGGAGUAAAUGAAGAAUUUUUUUGUUAGAAAAUUACUCUUAAUGUUUCAAUGGAAUGUUAUUGAGAGAAAACUGAUACUUUUGAUGUCCUAAAUAUUCCUAAAUGAAGAACUUCAUUGAUUUCUAAACCGAAGCAGGGUACCAAAGUUAGAUUAUUUCAAACUAUAUUAUAUAGGCAAAAAUUAGAGUAUCUCUACUCUACUCAAGGUCUAAAUGUGAUUGUUCACUGCUAUUAUACUCAUUCUGAAGGUAUGCAUUGGCAUGUGGCCACCAUACAAUGUUUGCUAUGGUUGACUUUUGGUUCACUGAUUUUCAAGAAACCAGGUUCAAAACAUCACCACUUUUUUAUGAAUAUGACAGCAGCGGUUACUUUCGAAAUGCCUAAUGAAGAUUUUGGUUACUUUUGGGUCAUACUCUUAGUUACAAGACAAAAUUGAAUAUUUUGACAUAAUUAACAUAAUGACUUCUAUCAUCUGUCAAUAAUGAUGUUUUCUGAGAACUUACUCUACGUUAUUCUUGAACACAAGUAUACUGA